GGCGGUCAACGCCAAAUUCACAAUGACGACACUGUGAAACGCUACUUCCAAAGUCAUUCCCCUAUUCUUGUUAAAAUUACACUCGCGUAAGAGUAUAAAAAUAUAAAAAGGAAGGAAAGGAAAUCUAUUGUAAGAUUCAAGCAAGCUCGUAACCCCAAACCAACGGCGAUGCUGCAAUCUACCUGCGUCUUUCUCGAUUCAAUUUAGAGAACCGAAGUAGGAAAUCUGCAGGAAACAACGAAAAGCCCAACAGAAGCCAUUGUUUCGAAUAGAUUGGGAAAAUCUAUAGAGUCUGGUUGCUCGAAUGGAUUAGAAUUAAUAAUAGACUCGGUUCGAUUCAAGGAAGGUCGCGUAGCGUAGCUUCGGUUCGCUCUUCUUCCUGCUCCCUGACAGUCGAUACGUGACGAGAUUUCGUCUCUAAUAGCUACCAGUUUUAACGAAGUUCCAUGAACGUUCGUUGCUCUUUUUGUCUUCUUUAACAUCACCUCCCACUCGGACUGUUCAAUCCUGAUGCUUACAUACAUCGCGACGCGUGCGUGCACAGAUCUAUGGAACCCUCGAACACACGCAAAAUCCACGGGGUAUAAAAGCUUGCAAGACCUGUUUUCACGAUUGCCGUGUCCCAAGGAAUCCUGUUGCGAGAGAACUACGUCCCAGGAGUAGACGAACGCUACAGUCCUUUUCGGUCUACGGUUCUAAGUACACGGUUUUUAGAAUUUCCAUAGCUCGCGGAUCUUAUUCAGGUACUAAGGAUGUUUCUUCUUCUGUGCUUGCCCUUGGUGGUAGCGGUGCCACUGAAUCCAACCCUGGAAGGGUACGACUUGGAACUGGUGGAUGGAAUCCUGAAAGACGUACGAUUCCGUGACAAACUCAUCGACGAGCUGGAUUUAUCCGGCUUAGGAAUUCUUCGCUUAGAGAAGAACGCUUUCGACAAUGUACCGUCUCUAAAAUCCUUGAACUUGGCCAAUAACUCGCUCGAAUCGCUUCCAGAAUUCAUGUUCUCCAAUUUGACAAACUUAGAAUACUUAUCCUUAGCGCAGAACAACUUAACCAGCCUUGAAAACUUGUUCAUCCGCUUGGAGAAGCUUCAGGUGUUGAACAUCUCCUGCAACCCCAUAAUACACCUUCGUAGAGGACACUUGUUCGGUCUAACGAAAUCCACCAGCAUAUUAACGGAAGGAAACGUUCUUUGGAGCAUAAGCACGGGAACAUUCACGAAUUCGUUCCUGAAAGACGACGAAGAGUUGAAAUACUUGGAGAAGGUGAAGGCCGAAGAAUAUAUCGAACAACCGAACGACGGAAUAGAAAAAGAGAUAGAAAAGGCGACAGAGAGUAACGUGUUGAAGGAUUUCGCGCCAUCCACGAAAUCGUCGAUAAAGAAAGGCCAGAAGUUAAAAUUGUGCAUACCGAAUAACAUACUGCUAUCUAUAGAACCACUCGAAGACAAUAAACAGGUGGCGAAUGGAUGUCUGGAGAUACCAGUGAACGAGAAAGAAAGAUCUGUCAGCCUCCGAGGAUUAGGAAUCAAAGGAUUCCACGAAAAAUGGUACCAAUUACAAUACCUUCCGUUAGUUUCUUUGGACCUUGCGAACAACGAGAUCACAGAAAUCACCAAGGAACUACUGAACGAUCUUCCCGAGGAUCUGAUUUAUGUGAAUCUGAUGGGUAACAGGAUCAGAGGUAUCUGGAGCCAGGUGAUCGAAAACAAGUACCUAAAAAUACUGAAUCUUCGAAACAAUCUCAUAGACAAGGUGGAGGAUGAUGCUUUCGCGAAAACCAAUUUGACUACCCUGUUUCUUAAUGGAAAUCAGCUGGAGAACCUUUCGUUCGCUUCUAGUUUGCCCGAUACUCUGACAGAGCUGAUAUUAGCGGCAAACCAGAUCUCUGCCAUUCCCGACACGGCUUUCUCGAAUCUGCCUCGUCUGGUCUACCUGAACCUGGCUAACAACAAGAUUCAGAAACUGCAGAACAACGUAUUUAAGGGGUUGGAUUCGUUGCAGGUGUUGAUUAUCACUAAAAACAGCUUGACAGAUAUCGAACGUCAGGCGUUCUCCGAUUUGAAACAAUUGACUACUCUGUAUCUUCAUCGAAAUAGUCUGGCAGAGCUUCAAAAGGGUACGUUCUCGGAAUUGGAGAGUCUGAAGGACUUGAACCUGGCUUGGAAUAAACUGGGUAAGAUCACUGCCGACACUUUUGCGGAUCUACCUCAGACUUUGGACUUCCUUCACAUCGACUUCAACGAAAUAAACUGCCUAGAGAAGGCUAGCUUCGUCAAUGUUCCCAGAUUUACGUUGUCUCUCACUGGAAAUAAAAUCUCGAGUAUCCCAAAAGGAACCUUCGAUCUACCUACACUUAGAGAUUUGCAUCUGAGUAACAAUACCUUGACGACUAUCGAUGGAGACAGUUACGAAGGUCUGCCUCAAUUGAAACGCCUUUGGUUAAAUGAGAAUCAAAUCAACGAAAUACCGAAAGGUUCCUGCAAGAAUUUAGGAAGUUUGAGUAUUCUGGAUAUUUCGAAGAAUCCGCUGCAGACGCUACAAAACGGCGCUCUUUAUGGACUGAGUUUGGUUAGAGGCAACUUCUUGUAUAUCUACAAUAACCAACUGAAGGAACUGCAGGGUGGAGUUUUUGAAGAUAUUUAAACGGACAGAUACAACGACUCGUGCACUCACUUACGUUCUUUUUAUCAUUUAUAUAGAUUUAACAUAUACGGAGAUAUUAGGUUUGGGAUAUUAUUUUUAUUCGUUGAGGCGAAAGAAUUCUUUGCUUCGAAUCGUUUCUUUUUUUCUCAUAGUUUCUGAUAGUCGAUAGUUUUGAGUAUUUCUAUCGAGUUUCUGAUAUCUAUGUCAUCGAUGGUUCGCAAUCGAACAUAGCUUUAUGUAUUUGUAACUAUCGGAAUGUGAUAUGAAUGUUUCCUUAGAAUACCUUCCUCAGAAUCCUUAGAAUAGGAAAGUUUGUAAAAGAAAUAAACGAAUAGAAGAAUA